AUGACCGAGAACAAAAACAUUGAAUGUUACUCUGUGACUAUAAAUAGCAAUGGUACGCGUUUGGCUUCAGGAGGACUAGAUGGCUAUAUCAAGAUAUGGGAUGUGCAAACCAUAAAUCUGUUUUUUAGAUUACUGGAACAAGGUACACUCGCAGCCAAAAGUAAAAAGACGCAAGUAUUAUCCGCACCUUCAUCACACGAUUUGAAUAAUGCAACAGUAGCAACAGCAGCAACAACCAGUGUCGAAACAGAUCAUAACGACCUAGAUUUGCCAGACAAGUCGCUUUGUCGACCGCUAUGCUCAAUGUCUAGACACAAUGGAGUGGUGACUUCACUCAAGUUUUCGCCAGAUGGACGUUGGUUAGCCAGUGGUUCAGAUGAUAAAAUUGUACUUAUAUGGGAGAAAGAUGAUACACAGCGACCGAAAGCAUUUGGUGUUGAACAAGAAGAUCUUGAGCAUUGGACGGUGAGAAAAAGGCUUGUUGCCCAUGAUAAUGAUAUCCAGGAUAUCUGUUGGUCUCUGGAUGGCAAUUUGCUAGUCACUGUGGGGCUCGAUCGAUCAAUAAUAAUCUGGAAUGCAAUUACUUUUGAAAGAAUCAAGCGGUACGAUAUCCAUCAGUCCAUGGUCAAGGGUAUUGUGUUUGACCCUGCGAAUAAAUUUUUUGCCACUGCGUCGGAUGAUAGAACCGUGAGGAUAUUUAGAUACCACAAAAAGUUGAACGAGUACAACAAGUAUGAAUUCCAAAUGGAGCACGUUGUGGUUGACCCAUUUAAGAAGUCGCCAUUGACAUCAUAUUUUAGAAGGAUGAGUUGGUCACCGGAUGGCCAGCAUAUUGCAGUGCCCAAUGCUACAAAUGGGCCAGUUCCUUCUGUUGCAAUUAUUAAUCGAGGUAAUUGGGGCUCUGACGUUUCCCUCAUUGGUCAUGAGGCACCAGUAGAAGUGUGUUCAUUUUCUCCAAGCUUAUUCCAAGCUCUGGAUAGUUUGGAUGAUGAGAAAAAAACUGAAGAGUUAAAAUUUCAAACUAUUUUAGCAACGGGUGGGCAAGACAGGACUUUGGCGAUUUGGUCCACUUCCAAUUCAAAGCCCAUUGUUGUUUGUCUGGAUAUCGUAUACAACUCUAUUACAGAUAUUUGCUGGUCGCCUGAUGGUGAGACCUUAUAUUUCAGUUGUUUAGACGGCUCCAUCACGUGUGUACGAUUUGAAAUCGGUGAAUUGGGUAAAGUCAUUAGUGCUGAUUUGAUCGACAAGCAGUUGAACAAAUACGGAACGGAUAGGGAGUCUACUAUAUUACCAGAAAGUGUUGAGCAGUUGCAAUUAGAAGAGAAAGCAAAAGACGCGAGAGCAUUAUCGUUGAGGCUGAUGAUGCCUUUGCAAAACCGGCCACAAAAGGGGUCUGAUACAAAAGCAGCAGCAGCAGCUACUCCUUUAAAUCUGACAUUGAAAACUGCGCCAGGGCCAACACCUUUAUCCGCAACGGCUAAACAACCCUCUAGUCAGGUGCUCGUUCCAUCAGUUGCAAUAGACACUGCUCGUCUCCGGAAGCAAAUUGUGACGAUAACCAAGUCUGGAAAAAAGCGAGUAGCGCCUUUGCUUGUCUCAUCAUCAUCAUCAUCAUCGUCGGCAAUCUCCUCUUCUUCCUCCUCGUCGUACUCACAUUUAUCUAAUGCAGCCUUAACACAAUCGCUGUCUUCAUCUUUACCAAAUUCAAGCUCGAGUAAACCAAGAGAAGAAGUGUUUGCUCUGAAGAAACGUAAACUUCUCGCAAACUCUUCAAAAUUGUCACAUCCGACAUACAAUCUCCCCAAGGCAGGUAUUUCAACAGUUGUGUGCGGUAUCAAGAGACGUGAUUUAAUUAAUGCAACGGUGUCUGAAGAGCAGCAAGGAAUGAAUAAUGAUUUUGACGAUUUAAGCGGGGUUGCUCUACAGGACAAUACUAAUAAUAAUGCAUCGCAGCUUUCGGAGUCUGCCCUUCGACGAUUGAAAAAUAAGGAGAAACGAAAAAUCUUGGAAAAAAGAUAUCCCACAACCUUUCGAGACGUUACACACUUGCCGCAGCAAUUGUUCAGUAGUGUUGCUUUGCAGAAUCGCGAAUUGAGUAAGAUAUACAAGGCAUACGCCAACAAUAAGGAUGUGCUGAGUGAAAUCUCGGCAGGUUCCUCGAUUGAGUUUGAUGAGGAUUUAGUAUUUUCAGUUGUGUUGGCAAAAAUCAACCAUAAACAAAUUGCUAAUGCAGACUUGAUGCUCGACGAUGUUGAAAAUAUAACUACAACUAUUGAAAUUAGGAAUGGAAAGCCAUGGAGUAUGGAUGGAUGUGACCAUAAUCUGGUGGAUCGAGAUUUUGAUGAUCCAACAAAGGUUGUUGUCUACAAUAAUGAUCCAAAUGAUAAUGAAAAUAAGCGACAAUUUACUUUAUUCUUCCCAUUUCGGAUACAGCUGGUUAUGCCAAUUGUUGAUGAACAUGAAGAUGGAGGUGAUAUUGGUAACAGUGGUAAAAGCGUCUCACUUCGAUUUUUUGUCCUCUUUUCAUUCAAUGGUAGUAUACAAAUUGUAUCUGCACAAAGUGGUCGUUAUAUUUUGCCUACUAUAGAAUUGCAUGAGAAUGUGGUGUUUGCCAAGUAUAGAAAGGACCAUUUAUUGGUGUUGACGAGGUCUGGGUUGUUCUAUGGUUGGAAUUUGAGAACAUUGAAAGCAUAUAUGAAGAAAGUGUCCAUUGCGCCAGUGUUGAACUCGACAGAUUUAAGCGAGAUGUCCAACCGCAGUAUACUCACUCCCAUGGUGAAAAGUAUAGAAAUGAAUGAUACCAAUGGUCUACCGUAUGUGUUGACCGAUGCUAGCAGCAGCAUCUACGGUUAUUCACUAGACAUGAGGUGCUGGGUCAGUAUUUUCGAUUCUUGGUACUACAAUGUUGCUGAUGAAACUUGUCUCAAGAACAUUAGCAUCGAUUUGGGAUUCAAAGAGAUUUUUAUGAGACUGGAGAUGCAACAAAAAGAAGAUGCAUUGAUGGGCAAGAUCAAUACAUACAAGUUCCCCAAGAAAUCAGAAAAUAUAAGAAACAAACUUAAAGAGGUGAUGCAAACACGUUUAGAAGAAUCGGUUGAGUUAAUAUGA